ACACAUACGGCCUUCUUCGGAUCGAGCCCUUUCUCUGUUGGGGAAUGCAUACCUAACACGUCACCCCACCGUCGUUGGGCUCUGGACUCACGUUAUGAGAUUGGCAGAAGCACGCUUCCUUUCAUGGGCAAGAUUCUCAUUUACGUCUAAAUCUUAUUAGGUAUAAGACGAACUCUUCUUGAGUCUACUCUCGCUAGUCAAUUCAUUCUCAAAAUCCCCCCCUCCCCACACGGCCAACUCCCUCUCAUGUGGAGACGGUGAUCUUCCGAGUGCUUAUCAACAACCGAGUGAGAAUCUUAGUGUUCCCAAACGACGCUAUACUAUCACGUUAAUAUCGAUUUCGUUCGCUUUCUGCUACCUUCUGAAACUAGCAUCAGCUGCAGGUACUGUCAGGUUUGGUGUGUAACGAAACCGAGUCCCGUGGUGGCUGUGGAGGAUAAGCUGGAUAUGCAAUAUUUUUCUCUUCUGCGGUGAGAUAUCCUGAUUACUUACCGUCAUGGGAUCAUAAGAGCUUCAUUAGCCAUGGAUCCGAUUCUGCACCGUAAUAGAACCCCGACCGCCAGGAUAGCAGUCCAACAGCUCAGCCCUCAGUUGCUCAAUGGCUGUUUUCUUGAGGCUGAUCGUGCCGAUAUGGUUGGCUUCAACCUUCAAGGGCUACGAAAUUGUCUCCCAGAGCAGUUCCAUCCCCAUAUGAGCGGGAUCAUCGAAGAGAUCUAUAACACAAGCCGUUUACUACGCGACCUUGCAGAGCAGGCCCAGAUUCACGUCUCUCAGUUGCCUGCAGUCUUCGACUAUCUCAAUGUCAUUCUGCCAUGUCUCUGCAAAACGCUCCGGGAUAUCAUGUCGUUCUACGAGGACAAGUCAAUGAACAAGGAACACCGAUGGAGGACGAUGUAUCAUAAACUUGGCAACGAACUCCCUGGUACCACUCUGCCGGCUAGAUUUAUCAUGUAUAAUCAGUUCCUGCGGCUGCUCCAGGAACUUCUAACAAGGUCUCCGAACUUCGAUCUAAAUGGGAUGGAAUCCUUACGCAUCCGUAUUCUCCAACUACGUGCGGCUAGGAAGAUACCCCCUCCAAAUCCUAUCAGAACGGAUCUCAUCCGACGAGACGAGGCGUUAGAAUUCUGGAACCAAGAGACAAAUUCGCACUGGGCGGAAGCAAUCUUUACUCAGCCCCUGCCGUCGCGGAGGGAGUUUAAGCAUCAAGGACGCUCGGAUGCUUUCGGCCCUCUGCAGAAACUCGGCCAUCUCCCGCCGCUCUCACGAGACGUCAAGAUACUAAUCAAAAGGUCAUUCGAUAGCGAUCGCAUCUCGGUUAUUUUCUUCCUGCAGCUUAGAGACCAGGCACCAUCACUUCUAAUUCGGUCAAAAGUCGCCAGCCAAAACUGGGUUUCCGUCCUCGGUGUUCACGAACUGUCUAUCCGAAGAGAGAGCGACUCUGUCCUGCACUUAUCCAGAUGGAGCCGUUCAGAGCAAAGAGUCAAGCCUUGGGCAAACUUGUCGUUUCUGACUUGGGAAGAAAUGGUGCUUUUCUACUGCACAUUUCUGUGCCUGCGGGUUCGCAGCCAAUUUACGCUCAACGUCAACCCUGCCGAAUUUCACCUUCGCAAGGAGAAGCGUCUGUUCCAAGCUCAAAUUAUCGACGAUGGCUAUCGGCAUGUCCUAAUGGUAUUCGAGGAUAGCGCCACGGGCGGUUGCCGCCUCCAUGCUGCCGUCUGGGAAGGCAAGCUGCGAGCGUGUCCCGUAUGGACGGCAUUCAUUCCGCCGAAUGUGUCUUCAUCCUGGCUCCUCCGCAAAUCGAAACGUUGCAUCUGGCUGCGUGAUAUACAGCCGUAUGUGUUUUGGGAGAAAUACCGACCCACGAACCAGCGCAGGGGCCGCUUCGGCGCGUUCGAGCUUGCAUUCGCAAAUAGCGAGGCCGCUACACGGUUUCAGGAGCUGUUCGCCUCGUCGCCGGAAGCAUCAGCCGCGUCGGCUGCCCCGGAACCCUCCGAACAGAAUGAUGGGGCUGUGGAUGCUAAUUAGUCUUAUUUAUACGAAACGGACAAGUGAAAACCAGAGUAAACAGCCUCUCCAGAGACGAUAUAAUAUAUACCAUACGGAUAACAGCACCAAGAAAUUUAAUGAGAUUUCUUUUCCCUUUCCGGAUAUAGCUCCCCCGACCAGAGCAGCCAGUUCGCACGAA